ACAGUUUGGGAGCGUGUUCUUACACGGAUUGUUUACGGGAACGGUCAAAAUAAUGUAUGUUUACCUGGUUGCUUUCGUGCCUUUGUUCUAUUUGGUUUGGAUAAAAUGCAUAUACGACCGACACCGGCACACUUUGAGGAGCUCGCUGAAAAGUACGAUGAACGUUUCCUCAGAGAGAGACACCGACGGCGCUGACGUCAGAGCUCUGGUGGUUACUGCGCAUCCGGAUGAUGAAUGUAUGUUCUUCGCGCCGACGAUUGUGCGACUCGUUGCAUUAAAUGCCAGCGUCCACCUGCUUUGUUUGUCUGAAGGGAACUACUACAAUCAGGGAGCUCAGCGCAGAGAAGAACUUCUCAGCAGCUGUGCCACGCUGGGGAUACCAGCUUCCAGAGUCACCAUCAUAGACCAUAAAAACCUUCCAGAUGAUCCCAAAGCAGAAUGGAGCAUCUCAUUAGUCUCGUCUGCAGUGCUGAAGCACAUCACAGCACACUCCAUCAACAUGGUGCUGACCUUUGAUGGAAGAGGUGUGAGUGGUCAUGCCAAUCACGUAGCCAUCUAUAAAGCUGUCAGGCAUCUGGCUUCCACUGGUGAACUGCCUAAAGAGUGUGUGCUGCUCUCGCUGGAGACCGUAGGCCUUCUAAGGAAGUACAUCUCCUUCCUGGACCUUCCCUUCAGCUGGCUUCUACCGUCACAUCUCUGCUGUGUUGUUGGUUCCAAGGGCUACAAGCAAGCCAAAGCUGCCAUGCUGUGUCAUCGCACCCAGCUUCUCUGGUUCCGGUACCUCUACAUCACCUUCUCGAGGUACAUGUUCAUCAACACGUUCCAGACGAUUCCACAAGGACCAAAGAACCUGAAGAUCUACUAAACAGAGCCAACCUUUGACGGCGUGCUUGUUUUUAACCUAUCAGCUUAGCAGCCGAAAUAUUUUCCUGGGCGGUUGUUAUCAACAAAAGCAGGCCGCAGCUUUACUGUUACCUUGAAUGACGAGUCGUGUCGAGUGUUUGGGAGACAUAAAGAAUGUUGUUGUCAAGACACUGUAUAAAAUGACAUUACCUGAGAUUGUUACUUUUCUAUUUUUGAUAUAGUGUUCAUUAAAAAAAGAAAGGUUUUAAA